CGAAGCCUGGUUCUGCUACGCAGCAGCUGACUUCUACGAGCACGGCGUGAACGACGCACGUGCAUAAUUCCUUGCAGUAGCUAAGGCACUACCGCGCGAAUUUAACAGGUUUCUUUGCAUUUACCCAUCAUCUAAUUAAACUAUAAAAAAGAAUGGAUACUAAGGAAUUGGAGAAUUUUUUUAGCGAUCCUAUGGUUUCAGCUCAUAUUGAAUCAUUCAUGGAUGCUCAUUGUUCUAGUAAUUAUAAAACUUGAUCAAAUACACUUUUAACAUUAUAAUAAUAACAGUAUUCACAUGUGAAAAAGAAAUUCAUUCUGAACAUUAUGCAACACACAAAGAAUUUUCAGAAAUGAUGAAAAGUCUAUUAAAUAGCUCAUCAAUUGAUUACAAUCAAAUUCAGGAAAUGUAUACAACUUAUAAAAUAACUGAAGAUGAUCCUUCUUUUAGUUCAAUCUCUUAUAUAAUUGCAUUAUGGAAUUUUGAAUUAUUUUAUCAAUUAAUGACUUUGGUAAAUGUUGAUUUACAAUUAGAAGCAUUACAUUAUAUUCAACAGAAGUAUGGUAAUCAAUUCAUACAAACGUAUUCAAUCAACAAUAAUCAUGAUUCCUUGGGUAAUAAUUCUACUGAAAUAAAUAAAAAUGAACUAACUGAUAUGUUGUUAGAAAAAUCUCAACAGAAAAAUGGAAUGGUGAAGACAAUCAAAGAAACAAUUCAAAGUGAACUUUGUAAAAAUCAACAUAAUCAGAACGAUGGACAAUUAUUAAUAGAGAGUGAUUCUAAUACUUUUCGUGACAUACCUACAAAAAAUCUCACUAACUCUACAAUUCCUCAUGAAAUAAAACUAACUUCUUCUGAUACUGUGACACCAUCAUCAUCAUCAUCAUGGAAUCACAUAUUGAAUUUCAAUAACUCUGAAACCAUUCAUCAGCAAAAAUAUGACAAUACUUUAAGACCAACUAAAGAUGAAUUAGUUGAAAAGCAGGCAUUUCUAAGAAAACAACGUGAUCUACUGAUCGAAAUGCGUCAGAAAAAGCGUGAAAAGCUAUUUUCUGAUCAUGUACAAACUUUAACAGAUAACAGUUUUGUAUAUACUAGUAAUAGAGACCGUAAUUCAAUCGACAAGGAAGAACAUGAUAAAGUUAUGGAGAAACGUCGUAAGUUAUAUGAAAAACUAAAGAUUGAAGUGAUUAAUAAAAGUGGUUUUGAUCAGACAGAAAAAUAAAUUGGUCUAAUUUCCUUGAUUUUCUGAUAAUCGAUCGAAUAUUGGAUGGAUGUACAUAUACAUUUUUGAACAAUAAAUGUAUAGCUAUAAAACAGUGAAUGUGAAUAUCAGAAGUUUCAAUUGGAUCUUGACAUCGAUUCAUGGGAAGGAAUCUAGAUUGUGAGGAAAUUUCCACCGAAGAAGAUUGAAAUGGUUUAUGUGGAUCCCAGUUUGUUUGCAUUUUCACGCACCGUUCUCUUAUAAAUGCACGAUAUGUAGAAACACUGAUUCCUAUCAUUUCAAUUGCAUCAUUGUUGUUUGAAAUCCUAAUGUAAUGUUUACAUAUGACACUGUAUAAUUUUACCAAAACUAAAAUAUUUGAUUAUUCUCUAAGAAAUGUAUGUAUCAUCAAAAUAAUAAGUCAAGGAGUUUACAAUAAUAAAUAUCGUUACAGCAGUAGAA